AUGGACGUCGUCACGUACCAGGAGGACCGUCUUGCUGAUGCCAUGUCAACCAUCAGCGACGUGUUGAACAACAUCCGGCGGCUUCAAACGGUGGAGUGCAGCCCCGAAAAGGUGGACCUCAACGAUGCGCACAACAUCGCGCAGAUUUGCCAGGGCGUGGGGUUCAUUGGCCUGGCGAUGUGGCUCAUCUUCGCGAACAACUCCAAGGUGGCGGUGGCCCAGAAGGCGCCCUUGGAGCAGCGCCACGCGGUGUGCGCCACCAUCAGCACGGCGGUGGCGCUCUUCUCGGGCUUUUUCAACAUCCUGCAGCUCACCGCCAUUGACGACUUCGACCUGCCCGGCCGCGCCUCCACCUUCACCCUGAACUUGUCCAGGCCGGUGGAAUGGCUGGCCACCUGCCCCAUCAUGCAGCUGAAGCUGGUGGUCUUGGCUGGCGCCCGUGUGCCGAGCUACCGGCGCUUCAUGAUGCCGCUGCUCUCGGUGGCAGUUCUGCUCUGCGGGACUGCCUCGAUGUUCACCGCGGAUGCCUUGCGCUUUGCCUGGUACGCCUUCGGCAUCAUGUUGGCAUUCAUCAUGUUCUACCACAACGUUCUGCAGAUCAAGGAGAACAGUGAGGGAGAGGAGGGCGCGUUCAAUGGGGACUCGGACUUCCGCAAGCUGUCCUUGCUGCUAAUCGUGACUUGGUUCCCCUUCCCAAUAUGGUUCUCGCUGAGUGUGGAGGGUUUCGGGCUCAUCACUGACCCUCUGGUCAUCGAGCUGGGCUGGGUGGUCUUGAACCUCGUCUCCAAGUUCACCUUCAUCAUCUGGAUGCAGCGCAUGAAGAUGGUGCACCAGCGCAAGCUGGAAGCGGCCCGGGAGCUCUACGGUCUGUCCCCCACUGACGAGGUGGCGGAGGAGGAGCUCAGGGCCAAGUCCGUGCUCGACGGGAAGGCCACCGGCCGCGCCUCCGACUACGGCCUCGGCUUCGGGGAGGAAGCGGAGAGCGAGGAGAAACUGGUGGAGGUUGUCUCUGAGACCAUGGUCACUCUCGGCAUGAGCGCCCACACCGACCGCCUGCUGCGGCUCAUGGUGGAGAACGGUGUCACCAACACGGCAGUGCUGGAGCGCCUGAACGCAGAGCGUUGCAUGGAGCUGAACCUGCCGUGGACGCUCAUUGAGUCCUCGCAGCGUCGCUGGAUCUCCGAGAAGAUGAACAUGGGCCAGGAUCAAGGCGGGUCUGUGGAGAAGGAGGACCCAUUCAAGAAGUUGCUGGAGGCCAACAAGGAGCGCAUGACUGGCAAGGGCCUGCUUCACAGCCUUCCUGGGGCCAUGCCCAUGUCGAUGGCCGGGAUGGCCGGGAUGUCUACGCCCCCGGUGGCUGGGUUCAUGGGCGACAUGGGCUCGGUGGAGGAGCACAUCAACAACGCCAUGGAGCGAUACCUCAUGCCUUUCCAGGAUGCGGUGAUGACCAAGCUCCAGUUUAUGGAGGACAACCUGCAGCGGCAGCUGGAGAACACGCAGGAGGCCAUCAGUCAGAGAAUGGACUUCUCCCAGGUGGCGCUCUUGCAGACGGUGAACGCCUGUCAGGUGUUGCUGCACAAGUUGGACUCCUCGCAGGAAAGUGUGGUGCACAAGCUGGACGCGCACAAGGUGGGCGUGGACACCUUGGUGUGUAACAUCACCGGGGCCAACGACACUACCAAGCAGGCCCUCCUGGACUCGGUGAACACCUCCUCCAGCAUGAUGCUGCAAAAGCUGGACGCCACCCAGCAGGACUUGCUGAAGCAGACCAGGGAGUCCCACUCGGUGCUGCAGAAGGUAUCGGGCAGCCAGGACACCAUGAUGAAGAAGGUGGACUCGGGCAAUGAGUUCACGCAGCGCCGUCUGGUUGAGAUGGAGAGUACCAUGGAGCGCAAGAUGACAGAGGUGAGCGGCACAGUGUGCAAGAGCCAGACGGACAGCUCCGCGCAGCUGCUGACGAACUUGCGCCAGGACCUGGCCACGUUGGCGGCCCAGGGCAACGCCACCGUGGACGCCACGGAGAAGAGCUCGGCGGUGCAGGAGGAGUGCAUGGCGGACGUGCGCCGCCAGAACAUGAUGAUCAUGGACAUGUUGACCAAUGCCCAGGAGACGAUGCACACCAGCGCGGAGAGCUUGCACACCUUCACGCGCUCGGAGAUCAUGCGGGACAGUGCCACAAACAUGGAGAUGCAGCUGCGGGAGGUGAUCGUGAAGCAGAUGAGCCAGCUGCAAGAGGCACUGAUUGGUGAGGACGUUUCCGGCAAGGGCCAGGCCAAUCUGAAGGAGGCGGUGCAUGCCAUGGUGGAGCGCCUCGAGGACGGCGCCCGACGCCUGGAGUUGGCCUCCACUCAGGGCCAGGCCGGCGUUGGAGCCUCCAGCCCAGACAUGGAGGAGAUGAUCCGCCGUGAGCUGGCGGCAGUGGCGCUGGCCAUGUCCCAGCAGCACCGGGAAGUGGCCCAGGAGUCUCUGAUGCAGGUGGGGGAGGCCGUGCGGGGCGAGCUGUCCUCCUUCAAGGAUGUCCAGGUUCAGAUGUCUGGCUCGCUCACGGAGAAGGUCACGGAAUUGGCGGAAGUGGUGGCCACCAACAUGACGCGCCUGGAGACAGGCGUCGACAAGGUGCUGCAGACGGUGGAGUCCGGAUCCAAGGCUGUUGGCGCUUCAGGCGGCGAGCGCCGCACCACGGGCCGGGGAGAGCGCGGCUGA